AUGCAAGUCGCCUCCGCCGUCCGCAUCCCCUCGCCCGAGCCGGACGUCGAGCCGGACGCGCCCCGCAAACGCGACCGCUCGCCCUCGGACGCCGGGCCCUCGAAGCGCUCGCGCCGGCAGGACAACGACGACGCGCCCCAGCGCCGCGACCGCCGCGACCGCCAGCGCGACGCAAAUGGCGCCAAGGACGACGUGCCCGACGAUGACGCGCGCCUCAGUCUCUUCAAGAGCGCCUUCAGCGCCGCGCGCAAGCUGCCCGUCGACGACUCCAAGACGCGCGCUGGCGGCGCCUACAUCCCGCCCGCGCGUCUGCGCGAGAUGCAGAAGAACAUCACCGACAAGGCCACGCCCGAGUUCCAGCGUAUGGCGUGGGAGGCGCUGAAGAAGUCGAUCCAGGGCCUGAUCAACAAGACCAACACGGCCAACAUCAAGAUGAUUGUCCCCGAGCUGUUCAGCGAGAACCUGGUCCGCGGGCGCGGCCUCUUCUGCAGAGCCAUGAUGAAGGCGCAGGCUGCCAGUCUGCCGUUCACGCCCAUCUACGGCGCCAUGGUGGCUAUUGUCAACACGAAGCUGCCCCAGGUCGGCGAUCUGCUGGUGCGCAGGUUGAUUGUGCAGUUCAGGAAGAGCUUCCGGAGGAACGACAAGGCCGUGUGUCUGGCGAGCACCAUGUUCCUCAGUCAUCUGGUCAACACGCAGGUCGUGCACGAGGUGCUGAUUGCCGAGAUUUUGCUGCUGCUGCUCAACAAGCCGUCAGACGACUCGGUCGAGAUUGCCGUCGGCAUCAUGAAGGAGGUCGGCGCGUUUUUGGAGGAGAUGAACAUGGCCAUUGCGAAUGCCAUUUUCGACCAGAUGAGGAAUAUUCUGCACGAGGCCGAUAUCGACAAGCGCACGCAGUACAUGAUUGAGGUGCUGUUUGAGGUCAGACGGACAAAGUACAAGGAGCAUCCUGCCAUCAAGGAGGAUCUGGAUCUUGUAGAAGAAGAGGAUCAGAUCACACACAGGCACACGCUGGAAGACGAUGUCAAGGUGGAGGACGGCCUCAACAUCUUCAAGUUUGACGCCGAGUACGAGGCGCACGAGGCCGAGUACCAGAAGAUCAAGAAGGAGAUUCUGGGCGAGGAGGAGGAAAGCGGCGCCGAGUACACAGACGCUUCGGACUCGGAAGAGGAGGAUGAAGAGCAGAAAGCCGAGGACGUCAAGGAUCAGACCAACGCCGAUCUCGUCAGCCUGCGCCGAACGAUUUACCUCACAAUCAAGUCCAGCGGUGGCUUUGAAGAAUGUUGUCACAAGCUGAUGCGCAUCAACCUCCCGCACGGCCUCGAGAACGAACUCACAACCAUGAUUGUCGAAUGUGCCAGCCAGGAACGCACAUACGAGAAGUUUUACGGCAUGAUCGGCGAGCGCUUCUGCAAGAUCAACCGCAUGUGGACCGACCUUUUCGAAGAGGGCUUCGCGCACUACUACGAGACCAUACACCGCUUCGAGACAAAUCGCCUCCGCAUCAUCGCCCAAUUCUUCGCACAUCUCCUCGCUACAGAUGCCAUCGGGUGGCAUGUCUUCCAGGUCGUCAAGCUCAACGAGGAGGACACCACAUCCUCGUCCCGUAUCUUCAUCAAGAUCCUCUUCGAAGAGCUGCUUUCCUUCUUGGGCCAGAAGGAUGUUGUUGCGCGCUUCAAGGAUCCAAUGCUGCAGGACAGUCUGACAGGUGUCUUCCCCACAGACGCCGACGACCAGAGCAAGACUCGCUUCUCGAUCAACUUCUUCACCGCCAUCGGCAUGGGCGUACUGACAGAGGGCAUGCGCGAAUGGCUCAAGAACGCAGCGCCGAAGCCAAAGACCCUGCCUGAGCCAGAAAGCGACAGCGACGACUCACACAGCGUCUCCAGCUACUCGUCAUACUCAUCACGCUCCCGCAGCAGAAGCAGAAGCCGUUCCCGCACCCCACCCCACACCAGACCGCAAGCGCGUCACAGGCAAAGCCCGCGCGCGGUCGUACUCGGACUCGCGGUCGCGCUCCCGCUCCCCGGCGCCGCGCAAACGCAGCUACUCAUCGUCUCGCUCGCCACCGCCCAAGCGCCGCGGUCGCAGCCCGACGGAUUCGCUAUCGAGGAGUCCGCCGCCGAAGAAGAGGAGGAGCCCGAGUGCGAGCGUAAGUAG